UCACCGUGAAGGAGGGACGCGCGGCAUCAGUCGCUCCUCCCCGUGCCUUUGCCUGGGAGCGAACCGGACCCUGAGCUCGAAGACAGUGUUUAGAUGGAAAUAUAUACAACUAUAGCACUACAAACCCUUAGCAGGCAAGUAACAGAAUUGGACAAACCUAUUUUGCUUGCUUGGUUCUCCAGCAGUCAUGGCAAAAGAAAAGAAAAAACAAGCCUUUGACGUUUACCAAAGAAAUGGUGAUGGAGAAGCCAAGUCCGCUGCUUGUAGGGCAAGAGUUUGUGAGACAGUACUAUACCCUGCUAAAUAAAGCACCAGAUUUCUUACACAGGUUUUAUGGCAGGAAUUCUUCUUAUGUCCAUGGUGGACUAGAUGCCAACGGCAAGCCACUGGAAGCUGUAUAUGGGCAAGCUGACAUUCACAAAAAGGUGAUGUCCCUGCAGUUUAGUGAGUGCCGCACUAAGAUUCGCCAUGUUGAUGCCCAUGCAACCCUGAAUGAUGGAGUAGUUGUACAAGUCAUGGGGGAGUUGACAAACAAUGGACAACCAAUGAGAAAGUUCAUGCAAACUUUUGUGCUGGCUCCAGAAGGAUCUGUCCCUAAUAAAUUUUAUGUCCACAAUGAUAUCUUUCGCUAUGAAGAUGAAGUAUUUGGUGAUUCUGAACCUGAACUUGAUGAAGAAUCAGAAGAUGAAGUAGAAGAAGAAAAUGAAGAAAGGCAAACAACACCUGAACCUGUACAAGAAAAUACAAGCAGCACUUACUAUGAUAGUCAUCCUGUAGCAAACAUUGAAAUAUCUGAUUAUUCCAGUAAUGGACUAGAAGAAACAUUGGCAGAGUCUUCCCAUGAAGUUGAGCCAGAUCUGGAAUCUGAAUUAAAAACGGAAGAACUGAAAACUGAAGGGGAAGAAAAAAACCUUGAAGAACUAGAAGAAAAAUCUCCAUCCCCACUUCCUGUAGAAACUGUUUCUCUACCACAGGAACCACCAAAGGCUUUCUCCUGGGCUUCAGUGACCAGUAAAAACCUGCCUCCUAGUGGUACUAUUUCUUCUUCUGGAAUUCCAAGUCAUGUUAAAGCACAAGUCUCCCAGCAAAGAAUCGAAACAAAAUCCGAAAAUCAGUCUCAGUCACCUCGUGUACGUGAACAGCGUCCAAGGGAGCGACCAGGUUUUCCAUCAAGGGGACCCAGACCAGGCCGAGGGGAUAUGGAUCAAAAUGAAUCAGAUAGUCGUCGAAUAAUUCGAUAUCCAGAUAGUCACCAGCUCUUUGUUGGCAAUCUGCCACAUGACAUUGAUGAAAAUGAACUGAAAGAGUUCUUUAUGAGUUUUGGGAAUGUUGUGGAACUUCGUAUUAAUACAAAAGGUGUUGGAGGAAAACUUCCAAAUUUUGGCUUUGUGGUGUUUGAUGACUCUGAACCAGUUCAGAAAAUUCUAUUGGCCAAAAUGGAAAAAUAUGAGAUCCUUGGACUUGUGGGAGAAGGAAGUUAUGGAAUGGUGAUGAAAUGCAGAAACAAGGAGAAUGGCAGAGUUGUUGCCAUUAAAAAAUUUUUGGAAAGUGAAGAUGAUAAAAUGGUUAAAAAAAUUGCCCUGAGAGAAAUAAAAUUUCUCAAGCAAUUAAGGCAUGACAACUUGGUGAAUUUGCUGGAAGUCUGCAAGAAGAAAAAACGAUGGUAUCUGGUGUUUGAAUUUGUAGAUCACACAAUCCUUGAUGAUCUUGAGAUGUUUCCCAAUGGCUUGGAUUAUAACAGAGUUCGAAAAUACUUAUUUCAAAUUAUAAAAGGGGUAGGAUUUUGUCAUAGUCAUAAUAUCAUACACAGGGAUAUUAAACCUGAAAACAUAUUGGUCUCCUGUUCAGGAAUUAUCAAACUCUGUGAUUUUGGAUUUGCUCGAAUGCUGGCCGCUCCUGGUGAAGUUUAUACAGAUUAUGUGGCAACACGGUGGUAUCGAGCUCCUGAGCUGUUAGUUGGUGAUACCAAAUAUGGCAAGGCUGUUGAUGUCUGGGCCAUUGGCUGCCUGGUAACUGAAAUGCUUACAGGAGAGCCCCUUUUCCCUGGAGAUUCUGAUAUUGACCAAUUAUACCAUAUUAUGAAAAGUCUAGGAAACUUAAUUCCAAAGCACCAGGAGUUAUUCUACAAAAAUCCUCUCUUUGCUGGAGUGAGAUUGCCUGAAAUCAAAGAGUUAGAACCUCUUGAAAAACGAUACUCAAAGCUCUCCAUUGCAGUCAUAGAAUUUGCAAAGCAAUGCCUGCAAACUAAUCCAGAAAAGAGGCCGUCUUGUAAUGAACUGCUGCAAUGCAACCUCUUUAGCAAAGAUGGGUUUGCUGAAAGAUUUGUUCAAGAAUUUAAAAUCAAGAUUCAAAAGGAAAAAGAACACUCUCUACCCAAGAAAUCAAAAACAAAUAAGAAGGACAAAGAUGAUAUAGGUGAUGAAAGAAAAAUGCUUUUAAUCCAGGAUUUAGAUGUGAAUUCAAAGCUCAGAGAUUCCAAGAUGUUCAGAAUGAAAGUAUCUAAGGCUGACAUACUGAAAUCUGAAAGAUCAUCAUGUAUAAGUUUCCUGUAUGAUAACAGUGUUGGACAAUUUAAUACAAUUCCAAUAUAUCUAAAGGAUUCAAACAGUAGCCUAGAAUAUGUGAAGAAUCCAAGCAUGGUAAUUCCUCCCAUUACACAGAAUUAUUCCACCACACAAUCCAGCAUCAACAGGACCCCCACAAUGGGGACAACAUUAGCAAGCCAUAAUUACAGAAUUGAUGAAAAAACCAAAGUAUAUUUCAAUCCUUGUAUCAAGCAAGGGAAAAAAUCACCAGCAGGUCAAUACAAUGUAAACUUAACAGCAUCGAUGCCAAAAGAGAACAAUACUCUUCAAUCCCUCAAGAAAAAAUUGGAGUUUUCUAAAGCAGAUGUCCAUUUUCCGGAGCUUAAUUACAGCCAUCUCCCCGAACUCAAAGGUGUGGAUGUUUGGAAUUCCAGAUUUCUAAAGAAAGAAAACAAAAUUAUUCCAGAGUCUCGCAUGCCAUCUCUUGCCACGAUAGAUCUUCAGAAUCCAAACCUGGCUCUGCAUCAGAUAUCUGGAAACUCCUUGCAAGAUACCUCAGAAGCCAGCUUCCCCAAGCUUAUAUUUGCAAUAUUUGUGACAAAUACUUUCCUCUCAUAAUAAAUUAACUUGGAUGAAUUAGAAAAAAACUAAGCAUGAUAUGACCUGAUUAGUACUUGCGUAAAAAAUCAUCAAGAAAUUUCAAGUUUGUAGAUCCUGGAAAUUUGGAAAAAUUAAUCACCUGUCAAGCUCAGCGAUGAAGUCACCGGGAGUCAAACUCAACUCAAGGGAUACUUUUCUUUGUCUAAGCUUUCUAUCAAGAUUGAUAAAAUUAUUGUAUUCAUAGCUCUAUGUUUCUCUAUUCAUGUCCUAGUUUUCACUGAAUUUAUUUAGUGUAUGGCUUCACUGAAUUAUCUUCAUGUAGUUACAAGCAUGCAUUUAAGGAAAAUCAGCACUCCUAAACAUUAUGUUUGGAAACUGGCUCUCUAUAAACUAGCCUUUAUCUCCCUUCCAACUCUGCUAUU